AUGGACAACACAGAUGUAAAAUUAUUGAAAUAUAAAGGCUAUUACUUUGAAGGUUCUUUGGCUGAUGUUGAUUUUCUGGAGCAUCUAGAUGACUUUGAAAUUAGAGAUGAUGAUGUCUUCAUAAUUACAUAUCCAAAAUCUGGUACCAUAUGGACUCAGCAGAUAUUAAGCUCAAUUUAUUUUGAGGGUCAUCGUAACAGAGCUGAAACUGUGGAAACAAUUGACAGAGUCCCCUUCCUGGAAUACAAUAUGCACAAGAUGGACUAUCUCAAGAGACCAUCUCCUCGCCUCUUCAGUUCUCACAUCCCAUAUUAUUUAGCACCAAAAGAUCUCAAGAACAAAAAGGCUAAAAUAAUUUAUAUCUACAGAAACCCCAAGGAUGUUUUGACCUCAUACUUUCAUUUUUCAAAUUACUUGGUUACAUUAGAAGCUUCAGAUAACAUGGAGCAAUUCAUGGAAAGGUUUCUAGAAGGAAAAGUGGUAGGAAGCCUUUGGUUUGAUCAUGUCAGAGGCUGGUAUGAGCACAGACACGACUUCAAUAUUCUGUUCUUGAUGUAUGAGGAGAUGAACAAGGAUCUCAGAAGUUCUGUGCUUAAAAUCAACCAUUUUCUUGAGAAAGAACUGAGUGAAGAGGAUCUGGAUGCUGUUGUGAAUCAGGCUACAUUUCAGAACAUGAAGUAUAACCCACAAGCUAAUUAUGAUGGAAUUUUGAAACAUGAAAUUGGGACAAGAACAAAUGAUGGACAUUUCCUGCGCAAAGGUACCAUUGGAGACUGGAAACAUCACUUGACUGUGGACCAAAAUGAAAGAUUUGACAGAAUAUUCCAUAGGAAAAUGAAAGAUUUUCCCUUGAAGUUCAUCUGGGAUACAAAUGAGGAGUAG